AAAAUAACUAUAUUUUAAUAUGCAAUGUUGUGUAUUGUGCAUCCCUUAUUAAUCUUCAGUCUCUAAGAUAAGCCUUAUUAUUAUUAUUAGUGUACAUUAGGUUUUCAUUUUCCAAAGUACUGGCCAAAGGAGUUAUUCACAGUUUUAAAAAAAUUCCUGUUUCCACAAUGGACCUCACUGAAGAUUUAGAAGCUCUUAAGGACAACUUACUACAAGCAAGAAUAAAGGCCAUUGCUUUCAGCCUUAACCUGGAGGUAGAUAGAAUACAGAAACACAUACUUUACGCACUGAAACAGGGGAGAGACAUUCGAGACAAUAUCGCUUCCAUAGUGGACGAAUGUGAGAAUACUACCCUGGAGCUAGGAGUCUUGAGCCAAAGUCAUGCCACAGACAUGAAGUCCCACGAGAGUUAUAAGGAUUAUGACAGUAGCCGAGGACAUGAUGAAACAUUAGACAAUCUAAACAGUGUAGAGCUGCUUAAUAACACGUUCGGCGACACUGCAUGUAGUGCAACUAUCAGUAAUAAUAAGUCAAAUGUCAAUGUUGAUGUCAUUGUGCCAAAUCUGAAUAUUAGUGAAAAUGUGCCAAAUUUAACCAUCCUUGACAAUGUGCCAGAUUUAAAUGUCAAUGACAGUGGUGACAAUGUGCCAAAUUUAAAUGGCAAAUGCAAUGUACCUCAUGGAAAUGUUAAUGACAAUGUGCCUGAUUUAAAUGUCACUGACAAUGUUCCAGAUGGAAAUGUUGAUGAAAAUCUGCCAAAAUUUAAUGUUGAUGUCACUUUGCCAAAUUUAAAUGCUCUUAACAAUGUGCCACAUUUUAAUGCAAUUCAAGAUGUGCUAACUUUAAAUAAGAAUGUGCCAAGCGAAGGUUUCAGCAACAAUGUGAAAAAAUCCAACGUUGACGACAAUUUACUUAACUUAGACAUCAGUCAAGCCGUGUUACAUCGACCUACUGAACCAAGUAACCAUGCGGCGCCUAUGGAAGCUAGUGGUGGAGUAUCAAAAAACGGUCUCUCCAACGGUGUGCCAAGUACCCCAAAUGUCACAGACAAUGCGCUCAACAUUCACGUCCAGGUCCAAGUUCUGCAGCACGAGAACCGUCUUUUGGUUCAACAAAUCAUGUGCCUGCAGUGCUCGGCUGCAGAGAGAAACUCACUGCUGAUGCCCUGUGGUCAUUUCAUCCUAUGCUCAACAUGUGCUGAGAAAUGCUCUCACUGUCCCAAGUGUCAUGUUCAAAUAUUAGCAACAUCAAAAACACGGCUUUGAACAGAGAUGUUGGAUUUACGCACAGUCUCAACCAAAUGACAAUAAGAACACGGCUUUGAAUAGAAAUCCUGGGUGAACGCACAGAAUUAAACUAAUGACACAAGAACACGGUUUUCAUUAGAGAUGUUGGAUGAAUUUGAAAAUAAAGCUGAAAACAUAACUAAGCUUUGAUUAUAGAUGCUGAUAAGAAGACUUUGAUUUGAAAUUUUAGAUCUACGCACCUCAUUUAAUCAUGGAAAAUUAAGAACAUCCCGAGCAAUUACUAUAAACUAAAAACUUAAUGUGGUAAAAUUGAAGACAAUUUAUAUCUUAUACAUUAUAAACAUUCCUUCAAUAAAGCAUAUUCUUAUUUUCUAAGUGAAUCCAUGUGUUAACCAAGUCAGAUAAGUUAUUUGAAGACAAAAAAAAAUUACUAACUUAUUGGUUUUGUUUCGCGAUUCAAGCCACACGAACCAUAUUGUUAAAGCACUUGGAAAGAAAGAAAAGUCGUAUUAAUUUGACCUAUCAUAUAGAAUAAUUGUUCCCUUUGAACUUUAUGAAGUUGAGUCUUUGCAUUUGCAAGUUAUUUAGUAUUUUAUGUAUUUUUGUCAAUUUAUUUUAUGGGUAUUCUGUCCUGAAAUGUUUUAGAUCUAAGAUAGAUAGGAUAGAUUUUAGAUAUAUUUAGAUAGUUGUGCGAAGAUCAUGUAAAUAGAUUGUUAGAUAGCUGAGCGAACUGUUUGUUGUUUUCAAAAGUAUGUAGAAACAUCUCACAAUAUUUUGCUAGAAACAUUUGAAUAUUCAACGUAAUUUUCAAAUGAUUAAAUUUUUUUUGUAAUAUGUUGUUAUGAAAUUUAAAAUUGACUUGCAUCAUCACUUUGUCGUGUUAUUUAUUUCAAGUAGAAAUGCAACUUUAACUUGGA